CCCCUGAUCCCGAACUACCUACCUGUAGUCCUCCUACUCCUAGAAGCCCCGUUCCGUAGAGGUUUUACAUUUUAAUAUGCGCGAUGACAAUAAAAUUUCUUAUCUUGUUUCUUCACACUGCACGAUAAGAUUGUGUUGUGCUUUAAAUACAAGGAUUAAAGUUUAUCAUAAAACAAAAAAAAAUGUUAAGCAGAGACCGAAUUUAAAUUUUAGACUGUGGUGGAAUGCAGUGUAGGCCAAACUGAGAUCCCGGUCGCAGGUCAUUCCAGCAGUCAGUCAGCAGUAUCGCAUAACGAGUAUGUUUUGCCGGUUCAAUAAAAUCACGCAGAUUCGCACUAAAGCGGUAUUUAAAAUAACGUCGUUUAACAUAAUUAGAUGUGAAAGUUCGGCCGCCUCCGUUUUAUUCGAUUACCAAAAUAUACCGACGCCGAAAGCGCUACCUUUAAUAGGGACGACUUUGGCGCUAAUCAGUUCCGGGGGUGCGCCUCGCCUACACAUUUACGCGGAUCAAAGACAUCGACAGUUGGGACCGAUUUUUAAAGACAAAAUUGGUCCAGUUACCGCGGUUUUUUUAUCGGAUCCGCACUUAAUGCGCACCGUUUUCGCUCAAGAAGGAAAGUGUCCCGUUCACAUUCUGCCAGAAGCCUGGACUUUAUAUAAUGAAUUGCACGGUUGCUCUCGGGGUUUAUUUUUCAUGGACGGUGACGAGUGGCUUCAUAAUCGACGAAUCAUGAACAAACUUCUAUUGAAAGGCAAUGCGGAAUGGAUUGACCAAGCCUGUCAGGUUGUAAGUGCCGAUCUGGUCAACCGUUGGAAGUUCUUGUCAAAGAGUUCCCCUAUACUACCCGAUUUGGAAACCGAACUCUAUAGGUGGUCUUUAAAUACCGUCGUAUCCGUGUUGUUGGGAAAACAGGGUUACGAAAUGGCAAAAAAGGAACUAGAUCCCGACUUGGCCAGUUUGGCCAAAAUAAUUCAUCGUAUUUUCGAGACCAGCGUGCCCUUCCAGGUUUUCCCGGCUAAACUCGCACAAAAACUUUCACUCCUAUCUUGGAAGAAGUUUUGCACCACUGUAACCAGCGCUCUGAAUCUCUCCAAUGUCUUGGUCACAAAAUUAUUAACCAUUGCGAGCGAAGAUGGAUUGUUAUCAAAAAUGAAGCAAGAGAAAAUACUUGAUAAAGAUAUAACUCGCAUCAUCGUCGAUCUAGUUCUAGCAGCUGGCGAUACUACGGCAUACACCAUGUCCUGGAUCCUAUACUGCUUGGCCAAAAAUGACUCAAUUCAGCAAAAUAUACGCCAAGAUUUUACCAAAGUGAAACAUGCGAUACGAGAAACUUUAAGAUUGUAUCCGGUCGCGCCGUUUUUGACCAGAGUGUUACCGCGCAACACAACAGUUGCCGGUUACGAGAUACCCGCGGGGACAUUAACGAUCUUUUCCAUCUACACGAGCGGUCGCGACGAGAAAUUUUUCGACAAACCCGACCAAUUUUGUCCGGAUCGUUGGUUACGAGAAAAUAGUACCACCAACAUGCAGCAAGUUUGCAUCCCUUUCGGAUUUGGUGCCCGCUCCUGCAUAGGAAAACGGAUCGCAGACUAUCAAUUACAAACGUCCCUUGUCGGUAUCUUACAAAAUUUUCAAUUACAAGUCGAUAACGACGAGGAAGUCGACAUGAUUUUAAAGAUGGUAGCUGUGCCCUCGCAACCCAUAAGACUGAAACUUAAUCGUAUUUAAACAGUUCGUGUACCUUUCUACGCUACCUGUUUUUUUUUUUGUAUUGAAAUUGGUGAAGUAAUUGGCAUACUUUGCAUAACCUGUUUUUGUUUUAGAUAUAUUUGUUGCAAAAUAUAAAAAUACAAUAAACAUUUUUAAGGACA